AUGGCCUCGACAAGUGUCUCUCAUCGGAGCAAAUGUCAGACUUCGCGUGGGGCAGGGGUUGUCCCGUCGAGUUCCAAGACCUGUGCGAUCAUUGGCGAUGUCAUCGUCUUUCAAGGAAUCGAGGAGAAGACUCUCAUUGUCAGAAAGCCGACCGUCGACGUCUUCAAAUUGGAACAUUGGACGAGCGGUUGCACUUCCCAGAGUAAUCGUGGAAAGAAGCGGCGUAGAGAGUUGAAGAAUGCUUUGAAGGUAAAGGGGAUUGGUCAGAGUCUGGUGGAGUGGGUUGAGGCUGAGAAGUGCGAACCGUCGUUGGUCGAGGUUACUUGUAAACACUUUUUCGGACCCUGA